AUGAAAGAGUGCAUCGAGGUACAGGAAGAAAUGGGAACGUCAGAGAUGACAUCGGUUCCGUCUUGCGGCACACCAGCUCUCAACAGUCCUGGAACACCAUCGUCCGAGGAGGUUGAAGUUGUCGAAAUGAAGAUUCAAUUCCUUUUGGUUGGUGUGUUGUGUGUGGUGGUGAAGGGGCAGAAUUACGGGUACCAGGGUCGGGGAGAUUACGUGCCUGUCAUCAAGGAUGGAGUACCAAUCGAUACUCCGGAGGUGCAGGCUGCCAAGGCUGCUCAUUUUGAGGCUUUCGAGAGAGCCAGAGCUCUGGCCGCCAAGAGUCAGUCCAACGGUCAGUACAACGAGGCUGUGAUUCCCAGGUACCAAGGGUACCAACAGCAAUAUCAGCAACCACAGUUGCAUCAGCAAGGGCAGUUUCAACAAGUGCAUUAUCAACGGCAACAGUACCAGCCACAGUCGUACCAACAGCAGAACAAUUAUCAUCAACAACAGUACCAAACUAAUGUGGUUUACACGCAGCCAAAGCAGCAAAAUUACGCCAUUGGUGCAUAUUCUUCAGAACUUCCCAUCGACACCCCCGAAGUCCAACAGGCCCGCGCCGCCCACCUCGCCGCCCUGUCCCAGGCCCAGACCCACCACUACCGCAUUCGUCGUGGCAUCAUCCAUGAGUCGUACGUCCCAGAAGAAACCCCAGAAGUCCAAGUCGCCAGAUACCAGCACUUGGUCGCCCACGCCUCCGCCCACGACGAAGACGACGACGACUACUACCACGCCCCGCACGAAGACCUCUACCACAUCCCCAUCCUCACCAAGAAGGGUGUCCCCGUGAACACCGCCUCCGUCAAAGCCGCCCGCCAACAACACCGCCUCGCCCACCAGCUAGCCAAAUCCGGAGUGCAGUAUUCCGGCGGGCACUCCGUGCACGAGCCGGUGAUAGCUCCCAACGGCGUCCCCUUUGAUACCCCCGAAGUGUAUAUCGCCAAGGCAGAACAUCUAGCAGCUCACGCAGACGAAUCGACCAAACAUAAUCAAUGGGGGUUGCAUUCGGGGUACGGUGGAGGUUACGGGUUUUAGGAAUUUUAUCUUCAGUUCGACAGACUGCUGGGGUGUUAUUGAUUUGUUUACGUGAAAUAUAUA